AUGUCUGGAAUAAACCCUGGAGACGAGGCAAUCUCGGUUGUGUCGACUUUUGAAGAUCUCAACUUGAAAGAGGACCUUCUUCGCGGCAUAUAUGCGUACGACUUCAAGAAACCGUCUGCUAUACAGCAGCGAGCUAUUCUCCCAAUAACACAGGGUCGCGAUGUCAUUGUACAAGCACAGUCUGGAACCGGUAAAAUUGCCACCUUCUCGAUAUCUAUUUUGCAGUCUAUCGACGUCUCUGUUUGCGAAACACAGGCUCUGGUGCUAUCGCCUACGCGCGAACUGGCGACCCAGAUCCAAUCAGCAGUUCUGGCUCUCGGUGGACAAAUGAAUGUCCAGUGUCAUGCUUGCAUCGGAGGUACACCCAUUCGCGAGGACAUUCAAAAGUUGGAAUGCGGUCAACAUGUGGUGUCAGGAACCUCUGGUCGUGUUUUCGACAUGAUUCGGCGCCGUGCUUUGCGGACGCGCAACAUUAAAAUACUGGUUCUCCAUGAAGUAGACGAGCUGUUCAAAAAGGGAUUCAAGGACCAAAUAUAUGACGUUGUCCUACUGAGUGCGACACUACCUCACGACGUGUUGGAGAUGACGACAAAAUUCACGACCAAUCCCAUUCGUAUCCUCGUCAAGAGUGAUGAUGAGUCAACGCUAGAAGGGAUCAAACAAUUUUUUGUUGCUGUAGAAAAAGAUGCCUGGAAGUUCGACGCGUUGUGUGACCUGCACAACACACUUACCAUCACACAAGCUGUCAUCUUUUGCAACACCCGGCGCAAGGUUGAUUGGCUGACUGAAAAGAUGCGUGCAGCGAACUUCACUGUAUCACCGAUGCAUAGUCAAAUAGUUCAGAAGGAAAGAGAUGCUAUCAUGGCGGAAUUCCGUGGUGGCGCGUCUCGCGUGCUCAUCACAACAGAUGGUUUGGCCCGAGGGAUUGACGUCCAACAAGUCUCCCUUGUCAUCAACUAUGAUCUUCCGGGCAAUCAUGAGGAUUACAUACAUCGUAUUCGGCACUCGGGUGGUUUUGGCCAGAAAGGUGUUGUAAUCAAUGUCGUGACUGACGACGAAGUGCGUAUCCUGCGCGACAUCGAAAAACUCCACAGCACACAAAUUGACGAAAUGCCGGUCAAUGUUGCGGAGCUUAUUAGGGGUAAUCCGCCAAGUCAUUGCUUGCAUUGAGUACGGAUGAUAUUCAAUGGUCUGCAUAUUUGUACUUUACGAGGUUUUAUUUUGCAUUUGUCCUUAGUUGUGGUUGUAUCCCUUCUUGUAUCCUGCAAAUUUGUAUAGUUGUCACUAAAAGUUGUGUGUUGUCUUUGA